AGCAUUCAUGCGCAGAGUAUCGUAAACGGUGAGUGUAAGUUGAAAUAAUGUUGGACACGGCUAGUCGCCCAAGUGCGUCAAGUGAAACAACGGAUACUAACGAAGAAACUACCGAUAAAAUGAAGAUGGCGGAUGGUUCAGUUAUUUUGAGAAGAAACAGACCGGGAACUAAGACAAAGGAUUUCUGCAGAUGGCCCGAUGAGCCUUUUGAAGAGAUGGACAGUACUCUGGCUGUACAGCAGUACAUUCAACAAAUGAUUCGACGGGAUCCAACGAACAUAGAUUUAAUCCUGAGUAUGCCAGAAGCACAAGACGAGGGUGUAUGGAAAUACGAACACCUGAGACAAUUCUGUAUGGAAUUGAAUGGUUUAGCUGUUAGACUUCAAGAGGACUGUGAUCCACUGUCUUGCACACAAAUGACCGCCACUGAGCAGUGGAUAUUCUUAUGUGCUGCACAUAAAACCCCCAAAGAGUGUCCAGCUAUCGAUUACACGAGGCACACACUGGAUGGUGCUGCCUGUUUGCUAAACAGUAAUAAAUAUUUUCCAAGUAGAGUCAGUAUCAAGGAAUCAUCUGUUGCUAAACUCGGCUCUGUCUGUCGUAGAGUUUAUCGAAUUUUUUCACACGCUUAUUUUCAUCAUUUGACGAUAUUCGAUCCCUUUGAGCAAGAGACGUAUCUUUGUCGGAGGUUUACAGCAUUUGUAACAAAGUACAAACUGAUGUCAAAAGACAAUUUGAUAGUUCCAAUAUCGAAGGAUGACAGCGCAACAGAGAGUGAAGCAUAAAUAAACAGAUGAAAAAAGAGUCACUCGAUUUUAAUAUAAAAAAUUUACUUUGAAGGUGAAAUAUUCCUUGUUCGACAUGAAUUAUUCACAAAAUAAUACUUCAUCUGUUGGAGAUACGAGACAAAACGAAAAAAGACUUAAGAUCACCGAUAAUUAAAAAUUUAUUUGAAAAUUAUUGUUGUCAGCGUGUUUUUCUACUUAGGAAAAUUGCAAUUUCUCAGAAUUUUCAAAUGAGAAAUUGACAACGCGUGGAAAAAUAUUGAUUAACUUCUAUUUUGUAUUUUUUCUAUGCUGUAAUUGAGAAAACAAUUAUUUAUAUGAUUUUUUCUGUUAUUUUUUAUUUUGCGCUAAAAUGAUUGAGAUUCAUCAGAGAUGAUUCUUUUUGAUUGAAGAUUCGACGAUUAGUUAUUGCCAUUAUGAUAAAAUUUCCAUGAAAAAUGAAAUAAAAGUUUUCAAGUAUAAUUAUUUAGCCCAUUAGGAAUAAAUGUUGUAAGACACUAAUAUUUAUACAGUAUUUAUGAACUCUUGAACGAAAAAGUGUUAGAGCUAAAAGUCUAGACAUUCUCUCCUCCGUUCCCGUCCCCCCUUUUGACAAUUUAGAAAAUUCCGAUUGCCGGAUGCAGUUUUUUAAGACAAGGAAAACUUUCAAUGAAACUUACUAUCCAAAAAAUAUGAUAAUUACCCAUGAAAUGUAUGAAAAAUCUAAGUGUACUACCUUUUAUUCAAUCUAAAUAAGAGAGAUAUUUUAUAAUUUCAAAGCUCAUAUUCAUAAAGUCCAAAUGAAUUCUAAAUUGACAAAAAUUAGUGGACGAAAGUCCUGAAAAUGAUAUAACCAGUUUGGCAUUAAGAAAGGGAAUCGUUUUUUCACAAUUUUUUGUACUGGAAAGACCAUUCUUCAUCAUAAUAAAAUGACAAAUUCAAUCAUCACUGCCAUUUUGAUGUGCACCAGAAUUUAUUUUUUCUCGAAAAAACGACAGCCAACAAAAUAAAUAUAUUCCAUCAUGAUUUCAACUGUAAAUAAGAAUUGUAAAUAAACAACAUAUAAAAAGA